GCUCCGCCACAGAGCACGGUAAACAUUGGUCCGCCACAGAGCCCAGUGAGCACGGCUCCGCCACAGAGCCCAGUGAGCACAGCUCCGCCACAGAACGCAGCUCCGCCACGCAGCCCUGCGAGCUCUCCACGCUUUCAGAGAAAGCCGCUGCCACAGAGCUGGGGCGCUGCUCUCUGAUAGUCACACUGCACCAAAGAAUCCACUCUGGAAUUCCUCAGCACUGCUCUGCGUAUUUCAAAAAGAGAGAGUGAGAGAGAGAAAAAUUCCAUUCGACAGCCAUCGCUGACCACUGAGGCAGUACACAAAGCCCCAGACCUGCCAUCCAAGGGGGUGAGGGGUUGGGGGGAGGUGGGGGUAGGAAAUCUGAGCUGCUUCAUUCCUGGUAAGGCAUCAGCCUGAGCUGCUGUGUCCCGGCCAAAGGAACCGCUUACUCAGCAGGGCAGGCUUCCGAUCUCUAGUACAGCAUGGAAACAAGCAGGAGGCAUCCUCACCUCAGCCCAGCACUCCAUCUACUCGCCUUCAUCCUCAAUGUUCUUCCCGGAGUCGGUGCAGAACAGGAGACAGAGAAUCUCUCAGGACUUUCCACUGAUCCUUACAAAGACAUUUUUGUGGUUCGGGAGAACGGAACAACGUGUCUGAUGGCAGAAUUUGCAGCAAAAUUUAACAUCGCCUACGACGCAAGGGCCAAUAACUAUGUAGACCUCAUUACAGAACAGGCUGACAUCUCGAUUCCACGUGGAGCAGGCGUUAAGGGAAAAUGCGGAAGCAACGACUCUGAGCUGCAAAUUUCCUGGCUGGACGACGCCUAUAGUUUUAAGCUGUUUUUUGUGAAGGAAGUCCGCAACGUGUCAACGAGGCAAGACAGUUACUGGAAAAUCAGCAAGGUGCAGUUCGUUUAUGACUCGUCCGAUACCGCUCAUUUCAAGGACGCGGCAGACGCCGGGAAGCACACAGCCAGUUCUCACCGCCUGUCCCUCUUUGUAACACCCCUGGGCAAGUCGUACAAGUGUGAGGCGCAGGAAACCAUCUCUCUGAUCUCCAGUGACCACCAGAAAGUUGUGGCUAUCCUGCUCUCCCAGAUUCACAUCCAACCGUUCGGCCUCAAACGGGACUUCAUCUUCAGCGAAGCCUCUAAGUGUGUGGUGGAUCAACAGGAGCAGCUGGAGGAGACUCUGCCCCUUAUACUGGGACUGACGCUGGGACUCCUCAUCGUUGUCGUCCUGUCCGUAUAUCAUAUCCACCACAAGCUGACGGCCCCCAGUCAAGUGCAGAUCCCCAGGGACAGGUCGGAGUACAAACACAUGUGAAAACGGACGAUAAAGCAGCACAAAUGUUCUGUGGAGAGCCACCAGAAAUUGUACGCGACCCUUCCAGAACCUCUGCAGCACAGAUGUAAAUAUGAACGCCCCGGUUUCUCGCUGUAUAUAUUUAAGCACGCUUCUUAAGUUAAACAGUAAAACAGUAUGUGAAUGCUCUCAAAAAAAAUUGGAGUCUCUCCACUACCAAUGAACAACAGAUACAUUUAAAACAAUUUAACAUGAUUGCAAAGAUUACAGAAUUAGUGUUAACGCCAAUUUGUAUAGUAUAUUGAAAACCUGUGUUGCUGCAAAUAUUUCGAAGCGGCUUUUAAACAGAAGGUACAACUCGAUUUGGUUCCUUCAAACGCUUUACUUUUUGCUUGAAAUGUACACGGGGCAAGCGGUGGUGCAUGAAUUGGAAAAGGAACGCGCACGUGAAUUUGUACAAAAAUCCUCAGCCGAACUGUUUCGGGCUCAAGUCUACAGCACAAAGUCCUGAACGCAAGAAAUAAAUCAGUCAGUUUUAAAAGGAAAAGAGAACGGCGUCCUUGGCUUUAAUCUGUGGUUUGGUUCUCAAUCUUUAGGUUUGACUUUUUUUUGUUACACUCGAAGCACUGUUGAGGUCAGGCCAAACAGAAGCAGUCGCAAUAUUUCAUACCCGCAGCGACAUUUGAUAAACCGUAGGCAGGAAAAUUCAGCGAUUUUAGCUGAAACUCUCUCGGCAGAGGUCUCUGAAAUGCAAUCACUGUCAGGGAAAAAAAGAAAUGACACCUGAAUGUCUCAGGGAUGCAAAGGAGAUCCGGUCCAAUUGCACCUCAAAUGUACAUUAAUUUGCAUCGUGCAAGUAUCCUGGUCAUUUCUCUAACAUGCAUCCAGAAUGUCUUGUAUUGCUUUGGUAGUCACGGAGUUCCUUUCUCUUCACCCCUGCUUCUUUAGAAAGACAGACAGAGGAACGCAUACUUGUUUAUUUGUCACAUGGAGAAAACUAAAUGAAGGAAAGCGGAACUUAGUAGGAACUCCAGUUCCCCUAAUGUUGGCUGACCUGCUGUAUUCCUCCAGCUCUGCUGUGUUGACUGAAGCCGAACUUAGUCCUUAACUGACUGUAUCUGAACCAUUUGGGCUCAUUUACU